UCACAUUCAAUACAUACUCUUCAAAUAGUAUUUCAAAGAAUUCAAUUAAUCACUCUUCUCCCUUUCCUUUGCUUCCAAUCCAAGUAAAUUAUUCUCUAUGCUCAAUUCGUUUUGACCAAGUGACCCAUCCUCCAAUUAUGAUUUUUAGCUUGGGAUCCGUGGAGUUAAACUUAAAUACAAAGCUGAUACAAAAUUGAUCAUUCAAGAAGACAUGGCCAAAGAAACUCCAACUACUUCCAAGUUUCUCUCAUUUAUGUGCCUUUUCAUGUUCAUGCUCAACUUCCAAUCAUCUCAUGGAGAACAGGAGUACAAGCUUCUCUUAUCCUUCAAAGCAUCCAUCCACUUUGAUCCUCUUCACUCUCUCUCCAACUGGGUCAACACUUCCUCUGACACUAUCUGCAAAUGGCACGGCGUAGUGUGCGACAAUUGGUCGCAUGUUAACUCCGUAUCACUCUCAGGGAAAAACAUCUCCGGAGAGAUUUCCUCGUCAAUCCUCCAACUUCCACAUGUUACAAAUCUCGACCUCUCCAACAAUCAACUUGUUGGAGAUAUUGUCUUCAAUUCUCAAGUCCUCUCUUCACUUCGUUACCUCAAUCUCAGCAACAACAACCUCACUGGUUCUUUACCUCAAUCCUUAUUUUCUACAUCGUUUAUCAACCUCGAAACUCUCGAUCUCGUAAACAACAUGUUUUCAGGGAAAAUACCCGACCAAAUUGGAUUACUUUCAAGCUUAAAAUAUCUUGAUCUAGGUGGCAAUGUUUUAGUUGGAAAAAUUCCAAAUUCCAUCACUAACAUGACAUGUCUAGAAUACUUGACUUUGGCUUCAAACCAAUUAGUUGGUGAAAUCCCAACGGAGAUAUUCCGAAUGAAAAAGUUGAAAUAUAUUUACUUGGGAUACAACAAUCUUUCAGGUGAGAUACCAAAGAACAUUGGAAAAUUAUUUUCUUUGAAUCACCUUAAUCUUGCUUACAACAAUCUCACUGGAACAAUUCCUGAAUCACUGGGAAACCUCACAUCUCUUCAAUAUCUCUUUCUCUACCAAAACAAACUCACUGGCCCAAUUCCACAAACGAUUUUCGAAUUGAAAAACCUUAUUUCACUUGAUCUCAGUGAUAAUUCACUUUCUGGUGAGAUUUCAAAUCUUGUUGUCCACCUUCAAAAACUAGAAAUUCUUCAACUUUUCUCAAACAACUUCACAGGAAAGAUUCCAAACACAAUAGCAUCAUUACCUCACCUUCAAGUUCUUCAGCUCUGGUCAAACAAAUUAACAGGUGAGAUUCCACAAGAACUUGGAAAAAACAACAACCUCACUAUACUUGACCUCUCUUCCAACAACCUAACAGGCAAAAUCCCAAACAGUUUAUGUGCAUCCAAAAAUCUUUACAAACUUAUCCUCUUUUCAAACUCUUUCAAAGGUGAAAUACCAAAAGAGUUAACCUCAUGCAGAACCUUACAACGAGUGAGACUUCAAAACAACAACUUGUCCGGGAAAUUACCAUUUGAAAUGACUAAAUUGCCCCUUAUAUACUUGUUGGAUAUCUCUGGUAACAAACUUUCUGGAAGAAUUGAUGACCGAAAAUGGAACAUGCCAUCACUUCAAAUGCUGAAUUUGGCUAACAAUAAUUUCUCAGGUGAAUUACCAAACUCUUUUGGGACUGAAAAACUGGAAGGAUUGGAUUUAUCAGAGAAUCAAUUUUCUGGUAAUAUUCCAAUAAGUUUUAGAAAUUUACCUGAACUAGUUCAAUUGAAACUCAACAAUAACAAGUUUUUUGGUAACAUACCAGAAGAACUUUUUAAAUGCAACAAGCUUGUUGCUUUAGAUUUAAGUAACAAUCAGUUAAGCGGUAAAAUUCCGGCGAAACUUGCCGAGAUGCCAGUUCUCGGUCUACUCGACUUAUCGGAGAAUCAAUUUUCCGGCGAAAUUCCGAAGAGUUUAGGAAGCAUUGAAUCACUUGUUGAGGUUAAUAUAUCGUUUAACCAUUUUCAUGGAAGUUUACCUUCCACUGAAGCUUUCUUUGCAAUCAAUGCAAGUUCAGUCGCCGGCAACAACCUUUGCGACCAUAACGGUGAUGAUUCUAACGGUUUACCACCAUGCAAAAGUGAUCAAUUCAAUUCAACUACGUUGUUUGUUUUAAUUUGUUUUCUGUUAGGGUUUGUUGCGUUGGUUGGUGCUGGUUUUCUUCUAGUUUUUAUACGUAGAAGGAAGAAGGGUGUCGAGAUUCGAAGAUUUGAAAAUGAAGACGGUUCAUGGGAAGUGAUGUUUUUCGAUUCCAAGGGUUUGAAAUUGAUUAACGUGGAAGAUGUUUUAUCGUCGGUGAAAGAAGGAAAAGUGAUUUCAAAGGGAAAAAAUUGGGUUUCUUAUGAAGGAAAGUGCGUUUCGAAUGAAAUGCAAUUCGUUGUGAAAGAAAUAAGCGAUUUAAAUUAUCUUCCUUUGAGUUUCUGGGAUGAUGCGGUGGAGUUUGGGAAGAAAGUGAGACACGUUAAUAUUGUGAAGCUUAUUGGAAUGUUUAAGUGUGGGAAAAGAGGGUAUUUGGUUUAUGAGAAUGAAGAGGGAAAGAAAUUGAGUGAAAUUGUUUAUAAUUUGAGCUGGGAAAGGCGAAAGAAAAUUGCUGUGGGUGUUGCGAAAGCGAUAAAGUUUUUGCAGUGUGAGUGUUUGUGGAAUGGUUUGGUUGGUGAGGUUUCGCCGGAGAUUGUUUUGGUGGAUGGAAAGGGUGUCGCCCGCCUCAUGCUCAACCCUCCCGGCAUUGGAACGGAUUUCAAGGGUUUUGUUUCUUCAGCCUACGUUGCUCCAGAGGAAAGAAAGGGGAAAGAUGUGACGGAGAAGAGUGAGAUAUAUGGUUUUGGAGUUAUGGUGAUUGAAUUAUUGACUGGGAGAAGCCCUCUGGACAUAGAAGCAGGAAAUGGCAUACAUCACAAGAAUAAUAUUGUUGAGUGGGCCCGUUACUGUUACUCUGAUUGUCAUAUUGACACGUGGAUAGAUCAUGUCAUAAUGAAGGGUGGAGAUGCAUCCACCUAUGAAAACGACAUCGUGGAAACCAUGAAUCUUGCUCUGCAUUGUACCGCAACUGAUCCCACUGCAAGGCCAUGCGCAAGAGAUGUACUCAAAGCCCUAGAGACCAACACAUUCACUUUUUGCUGAUUUUUUCUUUGCGUGUUCUCUAAUCUUUCUUACAAGUUUUUCAUAUUUUUCUCUUUCUUAAUUUCAGUUUUCUCUUUUUUCUACUUGAUUUGUUAAAGUUUUUAAUUAGUUUAGCAUAAGUAAGUUGUUGAUCAAGAAAUUGUUCAAGAAAUGUGUGCUUGAUAUAUUAUAUAUAGAGCAUGCUUGACAUACUUAUUAUCAUGAGUGUAAAAGUAAAUGUAAAUAAGUUGAAUGUUAUAUAAAAUCAAUGCAUUCUCAAUA